GCUGUAAAAUCGACGACAGCAUUUUGUGAUAUUUUCACGAUUGUUUGUCGUCUGUUACAUUGUAAAACUUGUGUGUACGUUUCUGUGUCGUAUUGUUUGGCGCGUUUUUGAGAAAGAAUCAUUAUGGAUUCAUUACAAACGCUCACUCCAAAAGCCGGUUCAGAAAUUGAUACCGAGUUAGAGGAGGAGAUCCAAGGAGGAAUGGCUGGCCCUUCGAGUCUGAAUGCCCAGCAUCAACGACGAAGUUCUACUCGCUCUAUCAAACGAAGAAAGUUUGACGAUGAGCUCGUCGAAUCAAGUCUCAAUAUGGGAGGUUCAAAUUUGACUCCAAUCCCUGUACGUGGUACCAGGAGCAGAUUUUCUAUCAGUGUUGAUGAAGGGAUUACUUCAAGUUCAACAGUCAUUCCCUCCAACAGUAUGGUCAAUUUGCCUUCCAUUUUACAAGAGACAAGAAGAAAGGCCAGUAAAGUUAAACAAGCUUUUCGAAGACCUAGGAGACCAAGAGCUUCUCAGCCAACAGCAACCAAAGAUCUUGGUCGCUGGAAACCCACCGAUGAUCUCUCCCUUAUUACAGCUGUUCAGCAGACUGGUGACUUACUUGCAGUUCACAGAGGUGUAAAAUUCUCUUGUCACUUCACUCUAACUGAAAUCACUGAACGCUGGUAUGCUCUGCUUUACGACAAGUCGGUUUCACGAUUGGCACUAGCCGCAUUGAGAAACCUACAUCCACAAACCGUGGCUUCCGUUCAAGCUAAAGCACUGUACACCAAAGCCGAGGAACAAUUACUUGCCACCACAUCUUCAACCAGCCAGCCAACAUUGGAAACCUUUGAAAAACUGCUUCAGGAUAAUGCAACAGUUUUCCACGCGGCCCGUACAGCUCAAGCACUUCAAGCCCAUUGGCAACUUAUGAAACAGUAUCACUUGCUACCUGAUCAGUCUGUUCAACCACUCCCUAAAAGUGAUCACGUCGUCUCGUUCACUGACGCCGACGAAUUAUUACGCGAUUCUGAACUGGUGAGCACGGAACGUGACGAAGUUCUCGAAGCCGAAUUAGCACAAAAUGAUCGGUUGGCCAAAACGGAGAUAAAACAGUUGGAGAAUGAAGUCGGACGCUGGCAAGUCCUCGUCGAGGCUGUAACGGGCAUCAGUCCUCCAGAUUUCGACGCGCAGACUCUUGCCGUACUCCGUGGAAGGCUUGUUCGAUAUCUUAUGCGUUCCAGAGAGGUUACAUUUGGUCGAACAACUGCUGGUGGCACAGUUGACAUUGAUUUGUCUCUGGAAGGACCCGCCUGGAAGAUCUCAAGACGCCAGGGGGUCCUUAAACUUAGAGCGUCCGGUGAAUUCCUUAUCAGUAACGAAGGUCGCAGACCAUUUUUUGUUGACGGUAAACCAGUCUUAUCUGGAAGCCGAAGUAAACUGUCCAAUAAUUGUGUCUUAGAGAUUGCCGGAUUGAAGUUUGUGUUUCUCAUUAAUCAAGAGUUGAUUAAUGCAAUCCGGACAGAAGCUGCGCGAGGGAACGCUCCAAUCUAAUAAGCAAAACAAUGAUGCAAAACGCUCGACUCUUUACUCCCCACCAUACCGGAAUCUGUUUGUUCGAUCACAUGCUAGCCGUGCAAUGUAAUACAAGUUGCGAAUUUCCGCUUGUCGUCAUGGCGCAGCGAAGUUCGUUAAUUCAGUCACUCA